CCCUCCUCCUCGUAGACAUUUUUGUCCAGGCUGCUGCUGCUGCUGCUGCUGCUGCUGCUGCUGCUGCUGCUGCUGCUGCUGCUGCUGCUGCUGCUUUUUAAGAUAAGAGAAUGAAGCACAACAAUGAGAUCCAAGGCUCACACUUCAGGAAACACUGGCAGAACAAUGUUAAAACAUGGUUCAACCAACCUGCCCGGAAAACCAGAAGAAGAGUUGCGAGACAGGAGAAGGCAGUGAAGAUCUUCCCUCGUCCCACCUCUGGAGCUCUCCGUCCUGUUGUUCACGCACGGACAAUCAAGUACAACAUGAAAGUCAGAGCCGGUAAAGGCUUCACUCUCGAGGAGCUUAAGGCUGCUGGUAUUGCAAAGAAGUUGGCUCCAACGAUUGGAAUCUCAAUUGAUCACCGUCGUAAGAACCGUUCCUUGGAGGGUCUUCAAUCCAAUGUUCAAAGGUUAAAGACCUACAAGGCCAAGUUGGUUGUCUUUCCUCGCCGAUCCCGUGUAGUCAAGGCUGGUGAUUCUACUCCAGAGGAGCUUGCUAAUGCAACUCAAGUCCAAGGAGGUUACAUGCCUAUCGCUAGAGAGAAGGUUGCGAUGGAGCUUGUGAAGGUGACUGCUGAUAUGAAGUCAUUCAAGGCUUAUGACAAGAUCCGUCUUGAGCGCACUAACAAACGCCAUGCUGGUGUCAGAGCCAAUAGAGCCACCGAUGCUGAGAAAGAAGAGAAGAAAUAAGAUAUUUGCUUUGUCUUUAAGACUCUUGCUUUCAUGGGAUUUUAUCAAAGCCUUAAAUCUGUGGGUUUUCUGGUUAUAUUAUAUGAAAGAGAUUAUAAUAGUA